CUAUCUUUACGUUCGUCAGUCUGUCAAAAACUUCUACAACCCACUUCUGUUGACCGUGGAUUGAAGUCCUGUGAGUUUUAUUGCUCGGAAAUCAACGAUGUGGUUCGAAAUUCUGCCCUCCUUUGGCAUCAUUACGGCGAUCCUGUCCGUUCCUGGAUUCGCAAUGUAUGGAUUGCAUCUGUUGACGUUGGACAAUGCCUACCGGCGUAACACCGACCAGAGAUGGGAGCGUAUCAUGUAUGUCCGGGAUAUGAGACUCACUGGCAAUCCCUACAAUUCUAACGGAUUGGAGUCUAUUCCAGAUAAGUAAACCAAUAUUCAGAAAUGUAGAUAA